CGCUAUGAUUGCGCUGUCAAACAGUCUUCGCAAAGACGAUGAAAAUUGCAAAACAUUACGGUGAAAAUAAGUAAAAAUUAAUGUUAAUUAGUUUCCCUACGAUUAAACGACACCUAUAUUCAAAUGUACCAGCAAUAUCUAAACCAAGCAGUGCGGACACUGCAAAACCUUAGCUCCGACGAACUCAAAGAUCUGCUAAACGAUGACGAUAAGCUAGAUGAACGAGUUAAUUUGGCCGUGGAGGCAUUAGAAUCCGAAAAAGAAGUGGUUUUGAGCGAAAAUCGCAGUUUGGCCGAAAGCAACCUGGAAAAGGAGCCUAAAUUGAUUGAACUGCGAGCUAAAGUAAAUGAACUCUCUGAACAGGGCAAAACGCUAGCAAAUUCGGUGAAGGAGAAAUCCGAAGAAUUGAAGUCCAAAUCUAGCAGCACAAAUCCGGAUACUGUUCUAGCACUACUGCAGGCAGCUGCCGCAGAAAGUGAGGAAGAAUCGGAAAAGAUUGUCAAGCAAUUUCUGGACGGAGAACUAGCAAUUGAUGCCUAUCUGGAACAAUUUAUGACCCCACGGAAAGCCAUGCACAGCCGGAAGCUGAAAGCGGAGAAAAUGGUGGAGUUACUACGAAACAGCACAAAUCAACAACGAUCUGCUCCUUUGCCACCAUUGCACGGUUCCCCGGCCCCGGGAGUGGUUCCUUAUCCCUCUCACGUCAGUGGAUUUUAUCCGCCGCCCCCACAACCAUCUGCCGGAAGUAUUCCGUAUCCGCUUGGGCCUAUUUCAAUGCCUAUGCCAGGCAUGUUUCGACCGCCAUAUUAAAAUGAAAAAUGCCCAUAAUCUUUCAAUGAGCCUGCUACAUUGAUCGUUGAUAAGAAUCUACUCUACUUUGAUCAUUUACUGAAUAUGUUGCGUUAUUUUGCAUUAGCUUUAAACUCUAAUAGACGACAUGAGACAAAUGAGUUACUGCUUGUAAAGUUAGGAUACAAAAAUAUGAAAAUACAUGGAUACAUCAUUUAUUACUUCGUUUAAA